AAAGAAAAAAAAGAGAGACAGUAACAAUUUUCUUGUUGAACACAAAAUUUAUGUCAAGCAAUAAGUAAUAUAAUGGGUAAUAAUAAAAGGCCCUUUUUGUGAAAAAUGUGAAACCUGACUUACUUUGGGGUUGUUUACGCUCGGGACUCUGGUUAAAAACCAUUGCCCGAGCACACUGCUUGACAUAGUAUCUUUGUGGUUAUUGUCUAAAACGUGUUUUUAAGCCAGUGGUCAGCCUUUUUUUACAGAGCUGACACACAUAUACAUGUAGGGACUUUGCAGUGUUGGUGCGGUACUUUAAUAAAUAUCUAAUUAUUUAAAAAUAUCUUUAGGUAUAGUAAAGAUAGAUCUAUUUAAAAAUGAAAACUGUGAAACCUGUUAUCCUAUUGAAACACUUAAUUCAACUACAGCUAUGAGAAAAAUGUGUGAAAUCCAAUUAUCCAAUGAAACAAGUGUGAAUCCAAGUGUCCAAUGAAAAAAGUGUGAAUCCAAGUGUCCAAUGAAAAACUGUGAAUCACAUUGUCCAAUGAGAAAAGUGUGAAUCCAAUUAUCAAAUUGAAACAAACAAACUUUCUCCACAAAUUGUGAUGCAAUUAACAACAAAACACAUAUUCUAGAAGAAACUUAAGUGUACCAUUGCAAUGGAUUUACAAGUGGAAAAUAGCUGGUUUUUGGAUUCAACCAAAGUGGCAGGCCAUCACAAGGCGGUCCUACUUCUCAGGAUUGGUUCAAGCACUCUGGAGCGCAAGGUAGCAGCGUGCACACCCCAGACACAGACAGACAUCAUGUUUAGUGUACAUAUUGGAGACGAGAUGGAGAAAUGCAGUGUGCCACUGGAUGGUUUUCUGCCGACGUCCUACAUUUUUGCUGCUCUCCAUCAGACGGUUGAUGAUUCAGUCACAUUUUCAGGCACACUGACUAAGAUCAUGACAGAGGCCAGCCUCUCAUUUUUUGACCCUGCAUCUACACCAGCCAGGCAUCAGCUGAAAUACAAGUGUUCCUUUAAGUUUCCAGACAGAGUGCGAGUUAUGAGGAACCUUCACCCCCAUGUUUCAUCGGCCAGUGAUGUUGAAAAGUUGGACACAUCUAACCGUCCAUGGAGGCGCAAGUGUGAAGAGGUCAUGGGGUUUACAGGUUAUGGUUCGCAUUCGCAAUUUGGAGGAGUCUUCAAAGAGGCACUGGCAUGUGCAUCUUUGUCCCGCAGAUGUUACAGAUUAUUCUCAUCGAUUAUUGUGAAACAUCAGGACCUGCAUGUCAGUGUCACAGCAAACAUGUAUCGCGGUGUUGCUGGUGCUAUAGAUGAGCAAUUCAUUUUUAACUGCCUUCGGAAAGUUGAUGACUGUGAAAUGAGCCUUGCUGACAUGAAUUCAGCAUUGAAGAAAGACAAGCAGUCCACGAGAGGUGCGUCAGAAGACAUAGGCUGUCUGAGGACUGAAAUCAGCUCACUGAAACGGCAGCUGAGAGAGAAGGAUGAGGCACUCAAAGAGGCCAGGGAGCAACUUUGGAGGCUGCAAGAGUUGCGUCAGGACCAGCAGCAGACGGACGUUUACUCAUUCAUUGCAACACCCCUGCAAAGAAGAUGCAAUUACAGUAGGCCAGUGUAUGCACCAUCGGAGAGUGAGGAUGAAGAGACGACCACUACUGACAGACCACCAACAAAAAACUUCUUACCCUCGGAGAGCGAGGAUGAAGAGUCGACAACCUCUGCAGGCGAGCAACCACCAACUGAUUACAUUUUAAAGCUCUCAGACAGCGAGGAUGAGGAGACGACCAACACGGACGAGCAACCACCAACAAAGAAGAGCAACAAUCAACCAAAGGAGCUGUCCAGCAACAACAAAACAGAAACACAAAGAUCAAGAAGAAACAGACAUCAGGUCAAGAAAUUAGUUGUUGGGCAGGCUGUAUCUGCCAAAUAUAGGGCAGUCAGGAAUGGAGAGUUGUUCGAGGAAUGGUUUGAGGGUACCAUUGUAUCAGUCAUGCUAUCAGGAGAGAAGGUGAAGGUCAAGUUUGAAGAUGGCUGUGAGAGAGUGUUGGGGCCACAAGAUAUUAAAUUAUUAUAAAUGUUUAAAUGUGGCAAUGAUGUUUUUAUAGUUUGUUUUAAAUUGUCAUACAAAUAUAGGUUCUUGCAUGAGUGGUCGUUUUGUAUUGAAUUUAUUAAACAAGUCAUCUAAAUGGAGAUAAAAACGCAGCUUGCCGAGAUUUUAUCUUUAUUUAGAUGAUGAGUUUAAUAAAUUUAAUACAAAAUGACCACAAUUCUAAGAUUCUAUUUAUAACAUGACCAACAAAUUUUCUUUUUAUGUUAUGCUCUUUUCACCGUUUAUUCACACUGUAAAAGAGUUUAAAACUGAAGAAAUUCGCUGGAAUAACGACGUCAUUUCACAGUUAAUAUAACUAAUGUAAUAACACCCGCGUAAUUAACAAAAUUGAGAAUUACGUUAUUACACUCCUGGAGCGUAGGUCAUGUUAUAAUGGAACAACUUCAGUAAACUAUUUAAAAGAUCAAAACAAAUCAAAUAAAAAUUAAGACAACAUAUUCCCUUUCUAUAAACAUUUUGUGAAUUUUUUUAAAUACUAACUUUGAUAUAAACACAUCUGAGUACUUCUUUUAAGUAUUUAUAACAGUUUAAACUUUUAUUUGUAUUUCUUACAUCAUGGUAGGCAUUUUCAGCACAUUUGAUAAAAUUUGAUUUGUUUCCAUUGCUUUGUACACAGUGUAAAAUAUAUAGCCAUCAUGAUAUUUGUAGUCAAAAGCUCACCAGAGCUUUGUGCCUUGUUUUUGCUGUUUGAAAAUAAAAAUUAUCUAAUCAGAUCUUAUUUUUUUUAUAAUCUUAGUUGAAUAAAUGAACAUGGGGAAAAUCAACACACUAUUAAAUCCUUGAAAUUACC